AUGCCUAUCAGCCUCUCCAUGUUGAGACCCGGUGAGAGCCAACGGGUCGCAGCCUACCUCCAAACUCGCAGUCAAGUCCUUGCCGCUAUGGACGAGAUCUACAAGCGGGUCGAAAUCUACAGCUCCGCCCAGAUCGACCCAGCAUCCUACAAGUUGCUCGGUAUUAAUUGUCGAUUGCUUGAGUUGGAUGAUGAUGGUAAACAUCUUCAUCCCCCGAAUUCCGAUCCAUCCGGCCCUGUUUUCUUUGAACCGCGAGGAGCCGCCUGGGUUCCCCCUGUUGUUACCAACUCCGAAUAUAUGAAACAACUGAAAGGGAUUACUGAUGGGUGGGGGAACACCAAAAAUGAUCGACUCCUUCGGAGCCUUCAUAGCCAAGCAUCCUAUGUGUUUUCAUGUGUAGAGUGGAUGUUCUUCCAGUUCCGCCGUCAGUUCUACCCUCCAGAAGAUGAUAGAGACCCACCAAACCUCAGGCAGAUGUCGAAAUGGCUGGAGAGCGGCGAGGUUGUACCUUCGGUUGUUGCUGAGAGGUUCUACCCAGCUAUUUGGGGAUCAAUUCGAUCAUCGCCAGCCGCUGUGUUUGUGCCGAAGUCACUUCUGUAUCCCUUAGGAGCACCCCCGCACAUUAUGAUCUCAAUUUUGAUUGCAGAGGAGCCCAGCGAAGAGCUGUUGCGAUUGGAGGUGAUGGCCCUUGCCGCAGUUAUGAUCACACGGCUAGAAGGCGAGGAAUCCUCAGAGUAUAAUACCAUUCCCGUCAUGGUCAUCACAUUCUUCGGCCGAAUGAAAGUACGAGUACUGGAAGCCCAUACCAGCCAGCAAGAGCUAGUCAUCAAGAAGACCCGGCUUCUUGACUUCUCUACCAAUGAACUCGCCAACAAGAAUAUGAAUAUUCUACUUGGAUUCAUGGCCGGAGACCUAGUCGGAGAUCCUAAAGGACCCACAAUCCCUACAUAUAUUCCAAAGGCUUGUACUAAAGAUGCAAUGGAUUCAGAAAGCACUCUAACCAUCCAUUAG